GAAGGACUUCGAAAGCCAGGGAAUGACCAUGGAUAAAAGUGAGCUGGUACAGAAAGCUAAACUCGCCGAGCAGGCUGAGCGCUAUGAUGACAUGGCUGCAGCUAUGAAGGCAGUCACGGAACAGGGGCAUGAACUCUCCAAUGAAGAGAGAAAUCUGCUCUCUGUUGCCUACAAGAAUGUGGUAGGCGCUCGCCGUUCUUCCUGGCGUGUCAUCUCCAGCAUUGAACAGAAAACAGAGAGGAACGAGAAGAAGCAGCAGAUGGGCAAAGAGUACCGGGAGAAGAUAGAGGCAGAACUGCAGGACAUCUGCAACGAUGUUCUGGAGCUGUUGGACAAAUAUCUUAUUCCCAAUGCUACACAACCAGAAAGUAAGGUGUUCUACUUGAAAAUGAAAGGAGAUUAUUUUAGAUAUCUUUCUGAGGUGGCUUCUGGAGACAAUAAGCAAACCACUGUGUCGAACUCUCAGCAGGCUUACCAGGAAGCAUUUGAAAUUAGUAAGAAAGAAAUGCAGCCUACACACCCCAUUCGACUUGGCCUGGCACUGAAUUUCUCAGUGUUUUACUACGAGAUUCUGAACUCUCCUGAAAAGGCUUGCAGCCUGGCGAAAACGGCAUUUGAUGAAGCAAUUGCUGAAUUGGAUACACUGAAUGAAGAGUCGUACAAAGACAGCACGCUGAUCAUGCAGUUGCUUAGGGACAAUCUCACUCUGUGGACGUCGGAAAACCAGGGAGAUGAAGGAGAUGCUGGGGAGGGAGAGAACUAAUGUGUAUUGUGCUCCGUGAUCUGUUCAGUGUCACUCUGUACCCUCCACAUAUAUCCCUUUGUGCGAUAAAAAAAAAAAAAAAAGAAUCGUACAUUGACUUUUCGAUUUUUCACAGCCUCAGCCUAGCAAAAAUGGUCCAUGGGAUAAACAGCUGGUAUUUGUAUCUUAAACUCAGAUUGGUCACGUAAAUGCCACGGCAUUCUGAAGUUUUGAUUUUUAACAUUGACAGGAUUACUGUGUGUUUAAUUUUUUUAAAAACUGAACACUGUGAUUAUGGGGUUUUGUAACUAAGCAGAACUCUUACUGGUAGAAAAAAUAGACCUGAAUUAUCUGUAACUUUUGGGAAAGUUUAAACAGUCACUGAAAUACUGCUCCAUUGUACAGUUGUACAGAAAGUUGUAGUGAUUAUAUUGUGAUGCUGGGACUUGGAGUGAGAUACCUGUCAUUUCGCAUUCGAGUUUAAUGGCAAUUCACAGUAAUUAUGCCUGUUCAGGGCUUAUAGACACUUGACCAGUUGGGGCUCUUGCCACUCAAAAGUUCAUGACCAGUGUCUUCCUUUGAGGAAACUCGAAGUCGAAAAUUGAAAUUCUUUGUGGCAGUUAACUGGGUUAUGACACCAUGAGAAGGUCCAGUGCUCAUACAACACACGUGACUAAAACCCCUGUCCUACAACAAUGUCACUGAUUUGCAACUUGUGCUUCAGUCGUGGAAUCUUACUUUCCUUGUAACCAUGAGCUAAAGAAGAAAGCAAGCCGUGUAUCUUAUGAAUGGCCUUAUCUGUCUCCUGGGUAAUAACUUUAUGAAUAAUGUUCUGCAGAGAUUGCCUUUCACACGAGGAGUGCUCAGUCUUUGGGUUCUUCCUAGCUCUGGGCUUUUAAAUUUUGAAAUCUAAACAUUCUUUCCCACUGUCUUUUUGACUGUUGACUUUUUUUUUUCUCUUCCUUUUUAAGUUUCUGUCCUGCUGCUUUACCUUUUUUUUUCUUUUUGAAGUUUAUCUUUAUUUUUCUUUUGUUCACAGUUUAAUACUAUAUGGACAGGGAUAGGAGGCCUGGAGGGGGUGAGAAGGGAAAUUGGUGAGCACUUUGGUGAGCAGGCCUUGUUUCAGUCAAGAAGAGCUUCCAGCACCGUAGCUCUGUCUUCCUCCAGUUUUCAGCACAGUUGUUCUUCCGUCACACCAAGAUCUGAAUCAAAAAGUAUUUUUAAAUAUCCAUGACUCCUCCCUGUAUUAACAGCCAGCCCUGAUAAUGCUUGUUGGUACCUGAUCUCCCAACUGUACUCAUCCAGCCAAGUUCACAGACGUGUUUAAACAAGACCCUCUGAUGCAGGGAAGUUGCAUGAUCACUGCAUUGGGGAGAAUCCAGAAUACCCAGGCCUACCAGUCUCACAGUAUCCCCCCUCUCUUUAACAUUCCACAUAGCUGUAGUAUCCAUCUGUUUGUCCAUCUGCUGAAAUGAGAAAAGAAACCUUCAUGCACUGAUGAAAACAAACCAAAAAAAAAAAAAAAUCCCUCCUUUCUAGCUGAACAAAAAUGUGCAGUUAAAUACUUGGCGCUUGAAAAUGCAGUAGUGAACGUGGAACGAGCCUGUCUGUAUAUCUGGUAGCUCUUUCUUGCUUUGUUUUUCCUUACCAGUAUUCUGCCUCACGUUUGCUUCUGUGAUGGUUAUAUUGCCUAGCAAGCACACCCGUGGUUGUGAAAAUAGUAUAGUAAAAAAAGAAAAAUCCCCGGUUAUUGAUGUACUAGAUUUGUGUAUGUCUUUUAAACAGUUCUAGUUUCCACCUUACACGGAAUAAUCAGGAAACGUGUAAAAAUUCAAAAGUGAAAUAAAAAAUUUUAUCAGUUA